AUGGCCGACAAGUCGCAAUUCCAAGAGGGCCACAUGCCCGAAAACCAAUACCAAGAUCCUCCCGGUGCUCAACAUGAACUCGACCCACAACCAGCAACCGAGAUGAUCCCCACCCCAGAAGGCGGCUACACCAAAUACCUCGCAGCGGGAAAGCUCAAGGGCAAGAGAGCCGUCAUCACCGGUGGGGACAGCGGUAUCGGUCGUGCCACAGCCGUACUAUUCGCCAUGGAGGGUGCGGACAGCUUCAUCGCCUACCUCCCUCAGGAAGAGAAGGAUGCGCAAGAGACGAAGAAGCAGGUCGAAGCCAAGGGAGCGAAAUGCCAUCUCUUCGCCACCGACUUGACUAAGAAGGAGGCUUGCGUGCAGACUAUUGAGAAGGCUGUUGAAGCUCUGGGAGGGCUGGACAUUCUCUUCAACAACCACGCUUUUCAAAUGGUGCAACAAGACAUCUUGAGCCUGCCAGACGAGCAAUGGUUGAAGACAUUUKACACCAACAUUCACCCCUUCUUCUACCUCUCCAAAACAGCCAUGCCUCACCUCCUCAAAAACCCCGGCGGCGGCACCAUAAUCAACAACGCCUCCAUAAACGCCUACAUCGGCCGCCCCGAUCUCCUCGACUACACCUCCACCAAAGGCGCCAUCGUCUCCUUCACCCGCGGCCUCUCCAACCAAUUCAUCAACAAGAAGAUCCGCGUCAACGCCAUAGCGCCAGGGCCCGUGUGGACGCCUCUUAUCGCGGCAACGAUGGGGAAAGAGCAGCAGGAUAACUUCACCUCGCCAAUGGGUCGUCCGGGCCAACCUUCGGAAAUGGCCACUGUGAUUGUUUUCUUGGCUAGUUCGGACAGCUCCAUGAUUAGUGGGCAGACUAUACAUGCUAAUGGUGGCACUGUUGUUAAUGGAUGA